AUGUCAGCUAAAAAUGAUCCAGGGGACAAAGUCCUCGAAGGCACUAUCGAAAUGAAGGCUGAAGUCACCAAUGAAAAGCCGUUGCGCAACACGCGUGAUCUUCCUGAUAUCAAAAACCUUACCGUGGAAGAGUUGUAUGACAAAGACAAGUAUGAUUUGUCCACCAUGGAGCCUGGCGAUGUCUUUGUCUUGCUACAAACGUCAUCUGAAGGUCUCACCUCCAAUGAAGCUGCAGCUCGUGUGGAGAAGUUUGGAUACAACAAAAUCGAGCACAAGGAACAAAAUCCAUUCUUACAAUUCCUUGGUUUCAUGUGGAAUCCUCUAUCAUGGGUGAUGGAAGCUGCUGCCAUUGUUGCUAUUGCUCUUUCAAACGGCGAAGGCCGUCCACCAGAUUGGCCUGAUUUUGUUGGCAUUGUCUUGUUGUUGUUGGCCAACUCCUUGAUUGGUUUUCUUGAAGAACGUCAAGCUGGUAAUGCUGUCAAGGCCUUGAUGGAAGCACUGGCACCCGAAUGCAAGGUUAAACGUGAUGGCGAGUGGCAAACAAUGGAAGCUGCCAACUUGGUACCAGGCGACAUUAUUAGUAUCAAGCUGGGUGAUGUCGUGCCUGCUGAUGGUCGUCUUAUCACAGCUCAUGGUGCAGUCUCAAUCGAUCAAGCAGCUCUUACAGGCGAAUCAUUACCAGUGGGCAAAGAAGUUGGCGAUGAGGUGUUUUCAGGAUCAACGGUGAAACAAGGCGAAGCCGAGGCAGUGGUGAUUGGUACUGGUCUCAAUACUUUCUUUGGUCGUGCAGCCAAACUUGUAGGCGAGGCUGGUGAUGAGCUUGGUCAUUUGCAAACCAUUUUGGCAAGCAUUGGUAACUUUUGCUUGUGCAGCAUUGGCAUCUUCGUGGUGCUUGAGAUCAUCAUCAUGUAUGCAGCGUUCCAUUAUUCUUAUCGGCGUGGUAUUGACAACAUCCUCGUAUUGCUCAUUGGCGGUAUUCCAAUUGCCAUGCCAACCGUCUUAUCCGUUACCUUGGCGAUUGGUGCCAAACAGCUUGCUGAACAUAAGGCUAUUGUCACUCGCAUCACUGCUAUUGAAGAAAUGGCAGCUGUUACCAUCUUGUGCUCUGAUAAAACCGGUACAUUGACCUUGAACAAGCUGAUCGUUGAUAAGCCCACCGUCAAGUGCUAUGCUGAAUUGGAUGCAGAUGAAAUCAUGCUGAUCUCAUCAUAUGCCUCGCGUACUGAGAAUCAAGAUGCCAUUGACUUUUGCAUUGUCAACUCAUUGCCUGAUAGUAAGCAAGCUCGUGAAGGCAUUGAAGAACUUGAAUUCAAGCCGUUUAAUCCCGUUAUCAAGCGCACGGAGAUCACCUAUAAGCGUCUAUCCGAUGGCAAAGUUAUGCGUGCUACUAAGGGCAUGUCGGCAUUCAUCAUGGAUUUGUGCACACGCAACAAAACGGAUCAACAAAUCAAGCAGCUCGAAGAAGAUGUCGAUGAAUUUGCACGCCGUGGUUUACGUUCACUUGCUGUUGCUGUGGAUGAGGUCCCAAGUGGAGAUCCUGAAGGUGAAGGUCUUGGUUUUCGACUCGUUGGUCUGCUUCCCAUUUAUGAUCCUCCUCGUUCUGAUACCAAGGAAACAAUCGAUCGUGCCAUUGCAUUGGGUGUGCAAGUUAAAAUGAUUACGGGCGAUCAAUUGGCUAUUGCAAAAGAAACCGGUCGUCGUCUUGGCAUGGGUGAUGACAUGUACCUUUCCCAAUCUCUCAAAGAAGGUCCACCACCAGGAUCUGGAUAUACCACCGUGGAUGAUCUCGUGCUCAAGUGUGAUGGCUUUGCUGGUGUGUAUCCCGAACACAAGUAUGAAAUUGUUGAACGAUUACAAGCAAUGGGCCACAUGACAGCUAUGACAGGUGAUGGUGUCAACGAUGCACCAGCACUUUCCAAAUCCAAUGUGGGUGUUGCCGUUGCCGAUGCAUCCGAUGCAGCUCGUUCAGCAGCCGACAUUGUAUUGACCGAACCAGGUUUAUCAGUCAUCAUUGAAGCGUUUGUUCAUUCACGUCGUAUCUUCCAGCGAAUGCGAAAUUAUUCAAUCUACACUUGCUCGGUCACCAUUCGUAUCGUUGUUGGUUUUGCUAUUAUGUGCUUUGCUUUCGAGUUUGAUUUCCCACCUUUCCUUGUGCUGAUUAUUGCUGUCAUCAAUGAUGGUACUAUCAUGACCAUAUCCAAGGAUCGCGUACGUCCAUCACCUUUCCCUGAUAGCUGGAAUCUCUUUGAGAUCUUUUCUUAUGCGAUUGUCUAUGGCCUCUACCUUGCUGCUUCAACCAUUGUGUUCUUUGCCGUUCUUUACAAGACGUCGUUUUUCCAAACCCACUUUGGUGUGCAAAACUUUACCGAUCCAAACGAUCCAGUAUUACACGCGGUGAUUUAUCUUCAAGUGGCAUCCAUUUCUCAAGGUCUCAUUUUUGUUACUCGCUCGCAUGGAUUCUUUUUUAUGGAACGACCAUCAACAUUGCUCAUGUGUGCAUUCGUUCUAGCACAAAUUGUGGCGACAUUUAUCUCAGUGUAUGCACAAUGGGGAUUCACCAGCAUUCAAGGUAGUGGCUGGACAUUGGCAGGCAUUGCAUGGGUAUGGAACUUUGUUUGGUUUCCUCCCCUCGAUUGGCUUAAAUUUGCUAUGCAACGUGUAUUCCGUCCAAAGUCAACAGCUGCCGCCAUCCAACAAGGUGCUGGUGCCCCUCGUUCGAGACGCUCAUCCAUUGUUUCCACCUCAGCAUCAGCACGCUAUUAUGCCAAUCGCACACGAUCACUACGUGCUCUCGAACGUCCUCGUAACUUUGGUCGUCGUUUGCUUGGCCUCAACAAGAAAUUGUCCAUGGAUCCAACGGAGUUACGUCGUUUCUCUUCUAUUCAGACGAGUCAAGCCGCUCAAGUGCUCAACAGUGGCAACAACAACAACCGAUCAUAG